AUGCCCUCUUCACCUACACUGAUCUUCAUGGCAAUCUUUUUGCUGGAGUCACUGGCUGCUAUGUUACAGAACGGUUUCAUAAUCACCGUACUGGGCAAGCAGUGGGUACGGUGCCGGACACUCCCCACAGGUGACAUGAUUGUGAUCUGUCUCGCUGCCUCCCGGUUCUGCCUGCAUGGGAUAAGCAUCCUGACCAACUUCCUGGCCUCCUCGUAUUUGUGUUACAAAACUCUUUAUUUAAACAUCUUCUGGGACUUUAGCAACACUCUCAUUUUCUGGCUUACCACCUGGCUUGCCAUCUUCUACUGUGUGAAGAUAUCCUCCUUCUCCCAUCCUGUCUUCUUAUGGCUGAAGUGGAGGAUCACUUGGUUAGUACCCAAGAUGCUGCUGAGCUCCUUGAUCUUCAGCAGCCUGUCAGCCACCUCAUCAGCCACUCUGCAUGUAAUUGUCACUCGGAGGAUCAUCUCCGAUGGAAACUGCACGCUUACUCAUGCAACACAUAUGUUCUAUUGGCACUACUAUCGCUCUCAUGCAAUGCUGGUGUGGUUUGCUCCACUCUUCCUGUUCUUCCUGGCCAUCGUCUUGCUCAUGUUCUCACUGUAUUGGCAUGUGGCACACAUGAAGAACCACAGGUUGGGGCCUCGUGACCCCAGCACCCAGGCUCACACCAGGGCUCUGAAGUCACUUGUGCUCUUCUUUAUCUUCUACACGUGGUAUUCCCUGUGCUUGAUAAUUCAUACUAUAAAAAUCCCAACCAUCCAGGAUGCCUGGCACUGGGCCAAGGAGGUGAUCACCUAUGCGGGCAUCUGCCUGCACUCCACCAUCCUGAUGCUAAGCAGCCCCAAGCUGAGAAAAGCCCUGAAGAUGAGAGUCUCAGGCCUGUGUUCUGCUAACUCGUAG